UUUACUACCGAACCAAACCUAAAGAUUCUCGGUUAUAUAGUUAUCACUUACUGUUCACAAAAUUGCCGAACAUCUAGCACUUGGGAUGAUGAAUCUCAUGAUCUAUCGGCUGGCUCGACUGCUGGACCAUGGGCAUUUGCGCAGAAGGCCUAGCCCGUGGGCCAUUACCCCAGCCUAUCACCCGAUAAGCUCUACUCAAGUUGGGUAAUACCCUAUCUACGAGCUAAUACACCAAUAAUCAUAGAGAUGAUCAUUUGGGGGAGGUGGUUAGGACAACAAAGUGGUGUGUUGACGUGUUUCAAGUAGCAUAAUGAAAUGGAUAUGUGUAUUCAGGGGUCUUUUAUCGAAAACUUCGGAGUGGAGAUACACUUGCGGCUCAGCCGUAUAUACAUCGUGAAGUUAUUGGCUGUUAAAAAUGACUCGUUUUACGCUUGUGUUGAUUUUCUUCAGACAUGCAAUGGCAUCGUAUUACUUCUGUUGAUUUGAGAAGAAGUUGAGAAGUUGCAACGAACACAUUUACUCGGAGAGUUCUAAUACCAUUAAAGAUGGCCCAUGAACUGCAAAACCCUGAAUCAAUGGUUGAAAACAAUAUCUUGGACUUUUGGGAAGACGCACAAAAGAAGUUCAUCACUACUGCUGCAUAUCAAAAGUAUGGCGGCGCUUUUAAUGAAGCUAUUCUAGACCCUUCAAAAUGGGCAGAAAUGUUGGAAAGGUCAUUGGAGAAAAGCGAAGGCCCUCUAAGAGAGAUCUGCAGGAAGGUCGGUCGUCAUAUUGAAGCGAUUCAAUCAGCCAUCAAUAUUGCAAACGAAGUCUUUCAAAUUGUAGCGGUGAUUAGUCUUUUCCCUAGUAGGAUCUUAGCCGUUUACAAACUUUGAUACAGGGGGUGCCAGCUGCCUCUCCAGCUACCAUAAUUCUGCAAGGUUUUGCCUUAUUAUUCAAGGCGUUUGCAGCGACACAAAAGAAUGUUGGGAUUUCAGAAUCUUUCUUCGCGGACACGAAAGCGCUAUUCGAGGAGAUUUCCAUCAUCAGUGAACAUCUGCAUGACGCGGGUGAUCGCACCCUUAAUAUUCUCAGAAGUCGUAUUGCUACGGUAUUCUGCUGUUCCUUGAAGUUUUGCGCGAUUGCUGUCGAAAAUCGCGAUGGGUGGUUCAGUAUGUAACAGAUGCUUACUUAAGCUGACACGAUAUAGCUAAUAAGAUUAUUAGAGAAAGGGAUUAAGCUUGCAUUUAAAGAGGGCACUGAGCUUAGCAAACUUCUCUCCAAGAUGCAAUUCGCGAAGAAUCAGGCCGGCCGGUGCAUUGAUACUGCUAAUUAUCGAGAGAUCAAAAGGGCGGGUGCAAGCAUUGAAGCGAUUGACAAAAGUUUCAGUCGAGAAUAGCGCAACGAGAUUCUUGAAUGGUUGUCUUCAUUAGAUUUUGAGACUAGACAUGGGGAACUGUUAGGGCGGGUAAAGGGACGUCCAAAUGCUGGAGAAAAGCUUUUAGACUCAAAAACUUUUCAAAAUUGGACGAAAACACCUUCCUCAAAGCUCCGGUAUACAGGAAACCGUAAGUCCCAACCUGAGCCUGAAAUACAUUCAACACUAAUAACUAUAGCGGGGAACUGGUAAGAGUGUAUUAGCGUAAGAUGCAAGCAUCUCUCGUUUCGCACAUAGCACUGCGGCUAAGAUAAUGAGCAGGUUAAUCAUAAUACGACAUUUGCAAAAUGUAGCAACAAAGGACAAGUCUGAACCGGUAAUCGCAUUUCUUUACAUGUCUCAUAAGCGCGAGACUACAGUGCGAGAUCUUCUUGGGAGUGUCGUCAGACAAAUUGUGGCAGAAAUGCCACUUAUUCCAUCCAUUAUAGAAGAGGCGUGGAACUUGCAGACAAGCUGCGGUAAAUACAAUGGAAAGUAUCCCAAACCCCACGAGGAAAUAUUGACAAAUUUCUUGUCCAAUUUGCUUUCAAAUAGACCUUUCUACAUUGUUCUCGAUGCUAUGGACGAGUGCGUACUCCCAAGUCGGAAGCCCCUACUCGACAGUCUCAAAAGAGUCAACGAAGAUGUUAGGAUAUUGGUCACUGCCAGACUCCCUGAGAAACAAGACAAACUGUCUAAAGGCUUCAGCUUACAGGUUAUAAAAGCCCUGGAGUCGGAUAUUGAUGAAUACAUAGAUUCAGAAAUUGACAAUGACUCAACAUUACAAAAAAACUCUGGUCAGCCCCUCUUGCAUCGUGCUGUCUUCCGAAACAACAAAGAUAUUGUGAAGGUCAUCCUUGAUAAGACUCAUCUCGUAGACAUUGAGGAUAGGUACCACAGGACCGCAUUCACUGCUUAUGCUGGUACUGAACACGGAGAAAGUAGGUUAAAACUACUCUUGUCAUUAAGGCUCGAGCUUACCAAAUGAUAUCUAGUUCUGGAAGAUUUGAUCUCACAAGGGGCUGACAUUAACCACACAAAUUUUCGAGGAAUACACGAACUUUCUCGGGCCGCUGCAUUCGGGAACACUAAUAUGGUCAUUUUUUCCCUAGAUGUCGGGGUGAACCCAUCUAUCACCGACAAGAUUGGCUGGACUCCACUUCAUGAAGCUUCCGCUAACGGCCAAAUUCGAAUGUGUCAGGCUGUUACUCCGAAGAGAAGCAAAACCCUCCGCAAUCUCUGAUGUAGGGAAAACCCCGCUUGACCUAGUUAAUUCAGGCCGGCGACACCUCCUCCGGCUCAAAACAGGCGAUUAUUCAGAACAUUAUCUCAAUGGCGAAGAAUUCAAAGUAAGAAGGGAGCCUGGUGAUAUUGAACGCAGGAAUGAAAUCAGGGAGUUGUUGCUCGAAUAUGGAGCGAAAACGGCUAAAGAACUGUACAACGAAGAUUAUUCAGCAUUGAUCAAUGUGAGAAUAAAAUAUUUAAACGAAAUUCAGCUAUUAGCAAACCCUCCUGAGUUGUUUAAUUUACU